UAGCCCUUUACACGCAGCUGCUUCGCAUCUUCCGAACACUCAUCCCAGACGAGAGUCGAGCGAACGAGCGGCCAGGCUGCGACCCACACCACCAACCGUUGCUUCCGACGACCACGCCCUGCUCGGAUGCCCCUGCGUCCGUCCGCCGCAGCGCUGCCGCACUACUCAGCCUGGUGCAUAUUAUGCUGCAUAGGGUGUGGGCAGAGAAUAUUAUCUUGCUGCUUUGAAAUAUCCGGGCAUCGGAAAACUGAUCAUCUUUCCAGUAAGAUAGUGCUGAAUUGCUUAUCUGGAGCUAGGCUGCUGUUUGACACAACCACCAGCACCCAGAGUUUCUAUCAUCCAAUGCCAAAUGUUUCAAAAUCUUCUUCUUCAGACAACCUCCAGAACUCUCUCUUGCCUUACCUUUUCGGGUUCUCCCUCGGCCUCAAUCCCUUUUCCCCAUUUCGGCAUUCAAGAGGUUUUAGCAUCCAAACUUGCACCACUCUUACUAGAUUGUACUUCUCUUGUGGACAGUUCCUCUCCUGUUCUUCAAAAAGGCCAUCAGAUUCAUGCCCAAAUAGUCGUACAUGGAAUACAAAACAUGGGUGUUUUAGGGUCCCGAAUUCUGGGGAUGUAUGUUCUCUGUAACAGAUUCCUCGAUGCCAAGAAAUUGUUUUGGCAGCUCAAUCUAUGCUAUGCCUCUCCUUGGAAUUGGAUGAUCAGAGGGCUAACUGUACAGGGUCAUUUUGACUCUGCACUUAUGAUGUACUUCAAGAUGUUGGGUUUUGGUACCUGGCCUGAUAAGUACACCUUUCCUUAUGUGAUUAAGGCUUGUGCUGGUUUGCGUGCGGUCACGUUGGCAAAAUCAGUUCAUCGAUGGAUUUGUAGUUUGGGUUAUGAGUUAGAUAUUUAUGUUGGGAGUGCUUUGAUUAAGCUUUAUUCUGAAAAUCAUUGUGUGGGCGAUGCUCGAUGUUUGUUCAAUGAAAUGCAUUCUAGGGAUAGCGUUUUGUGGAAUGUAAUGCUCAAUGGGUAUCUGAGUUCUGAGGAAUCUCUGGAUAGUGUAGUUGGAUUGUUCAUGCAGAUGAGAAGGAGUGAUACUAAGCCUAAUUCUGUGACGUAUGCUUGUGUUCUUUCACUUUGUGCUUCUGAAGGAAUGGCUGAGUUUGGGACACAACUUCAUGAUCUUGUUGUGAAGUGUGGAUUGGAAAUGGAGUCUUCUGUAGCCAACACAUUAAUAACGAUGUAUAUGAAAUGCUGUUGCUUGUUUGAUGCCAAAACAUUGUUUGAUGUAGCAGAAAAAACGGACUUGGUGCCGUGGAAUAUAAUGAUCGGUGGAUAUGUCCUAAAUGGGGUUAUAGAUGAGGCUUGGAAUCUCUUUCAUGAAAUGAUAGCGAUUGAUGUUAAACCAGAUGGCGUCACCUUUGCAAGUUUUCUACCCUCAGUUGCUGAAUCUGAAGAUAUGUGCCUAGGUAGGUCUAUUCAUGGAUACAUUGUGAGACACGGUGUUUCUUUGGAUGCGUAUUUGAAAAAUGCACUUAUUGAUAUGUAUUUCAAGUGUAGAAAUGUUGAGUUGGCACGCAAUGUUUUUCAGGAUAGCGUGCUGGUGGAUGUUGCAAUUUGUACAUCUAUGAUUUCAGGAUUUGCUGUUAAUAGGAUGAAUCUCGAAGCCCUAGAGGUGUUCAGAUGGCUGCUGUUUAAGCGAAUGAAGCCAAAUGCACUAACACUGGCAAGUGUGUUGCCUGCUUGCACUGAACUAGUUGCCAUUAAACUUGGUAAGGAGUUGCAUGGUACUGCCUUUAAACUUGGGUAUGAAGGUAAAUGCUUUGUGGGUAGUGCCUUGACAGACAUGUAUGCAAAAUGUGGAAGGUUAGACCUAGCUCAUCAAAUUUUCUCAUUGUUGUCGGAGAAAGACAUGGUUUGUUGGAAUUCAUUAAUAACUGGCUGUUGCAAGAAUGGAGAACCAGAACAAGCAAUUGGUCUUUUCCGCAAGAUGGGUGCAGAGGGAUGGAAAUAUGACUGCGUGAGCAUAUCAGGUGCUCUUUCUGCAUGUGCAAACAUACCGGCCCUCCACCAUGGAAAAGAGAUCCAUUCCUUCAUGAUCAAAGGUGACUUUCACAAUGAUCUUUUCGCUGAAAGUGCACUAAUAGAUAUGUAUGCUAAAUGUGGGUACUUGCAGACAGCACGCAGUGUGUUUGAUUUGAUGAAGAGGAGAAAUGAAGUCUCAUGGAAUAGUAUCAUUUCUGCCUAUGGAAACCAUGGUCUAUUAGAUGAAUCUCUAAACUUGUUUCGUGGGAUGGAAGAAGAUGGGUUCCGGCCUGACCAUGUCACUUUCCUUGCUAUCUUAUCUGCUUGCGGUCAUGCUGGUCGGGUUGAACUAGGGAAGAGCUAUUUCAACUGCAUGAUUCAAGACUAUCUCAUAAUACCCAGAAUGGAGCAUUAUGCAUGCAUGAUCGAUUUGCAUGGUAGGGCUGGUUGUUUAGAAGAAACAUUCAAAAUCAUCAAAAGCAUGCCAAUUGCCCCAGAUGCCGGCAUCUGGGGUGCAUUGCUUGGGGCCUGCCGAGUCCAUGGCCAUGUUGAGCUAGCAGAAAUGGCUUCAGAAUAUCUAUUCAACCUUGAUCCACAAAAUUCUGGCUACUACAUUUUACUGUCAAAUCUACAGGCUGACUCUGGAGAAUGGGAGAGAGCAUCAAAAACAAGAAACUUGAUGAGGGAAAGAGGAGUGCAAAAAAUACCAGGUUAUAGCUGGAUUGAAGUUAACAACACUACUCACAUAUUUGUUGCUGCAGAUAAAUCUCACCAGCAUUCUGUUCAGAUAUAUUUUCUUUUAGAUAAUCUUCAUAGGGAGGUGGAGAUGGAUGGAAAUUUUCCUCAAAAACAUCUCCAACACCGUAUCGAUAAAUCUCUUGCCAAUAGCUCCCAACUGUAAGGAAGAGUUGAUUUCCAUCAACGGGGAAGCCAGUAUAAUGGAUUGGGCUAAUUCCAUUGUGAAGAGGACAGAAAAAGACAAGCAGGGCAAUUUGAUCAGUUUGACUUGGGUAUUUCAUCUUGGGUAUUUGAGCCGCUCUGUCAAGACUACUAAAUUAAAGCUCACUUGGCUCCCUGAUACAGCUUCUGAACCUCUCUGUGGUUGAUCUUGACUACAUCAUCACAAGAAAGAAGAACAUUAUGCAUAAUUGCCUUGGCUCUGAUAUCUCUGAGAGUUUAAGAUCACUUAAUUUCCAUCAGAAUCGAAGUACGAGUCACCGAAACAGGGGCGAUAAAAUAUACUCUCUCCAUCCCGCUAAGAUUGUCUCAUCUUUCCUUUUCGAUCCGUCACAUACCAAAUUUGAUGAUGUGGCGAUGAGAUUGUCCGAUCCAUAAAGGGCAGUCAAAGUGCAUAUAUUGAUGUCCCUGCAAGGCGAGAGAAUAGAUGGAAGGUGAAUACUGCAAGUUCACAAGGAUGUAUAGGAGACAAGUUUUCCCUUAUGAUAAGAGGAUGGUUUUAAGACUUGAACUCGUGACUCGUAACAUUCUGAAAACUAAUAGGAUCAGAGCAAACUAUACUAUCAUUACUUGCCGCCUGCCUUUGGCAUGAUGUUAAAUGAAGCUUUCUCUUGCAUAUUAAUUUUGGGGCUAUUUUAUUGAUUAUUGUUCUUAUAAGAUGUAAUGUUAGAUUGCUGCUGAAUACUCCCUCCGGUUCUGAAAUAUCUUUACACUUUGACUUCACAAAUAUUAAGGAGUUUGGCACUUUUUGGCACUGUUUGGCACUGUUUUGUGUAGAUUUGUAAGGCAAAUAAGAAGUGUAAAGAUCUUUCUGGUACUGCCAAAAAUGGAAAGUGUAAAGAUCUUUCAGAAUCAGAGGGAGUAUUAGUUUAUGAUGAAAGCUAUAUACGAGACAAUCCUAUUGCCCAUUUCGGAGUUUAUAUACAUAAAGAAGUUUGACUUUUGACAACAAAA